AUCUGGAACGCCUCAUUCCUUGUCCGCGACUGAAGGGGAGCGGAGCGCAGGUGGAGGUUUGCGGACAGGAUGGCUCUGCGCUCUGCGCCUCUGUUGCUUCUGGUGUUGGUGGCGGUCGCCCUUCCGGAAAGCUGCUUCCGCUCCUCCUCGCACUCCCUCAAGUAUUUCUACACCUCCAUGUCGGACCCCAGUCAGGGGCUGCCCCACUUUGUCACUCCGGGAUACGUGGACGAUCAAGUCUUCUUUUACUAUGACAGCAGCAGCAGGAAGGUGCAGCCUGGAGUCUCCUGGAUGGAAGAGGUGGGGAAGGAGAACCCCCAGUAUUGGGACGCUCAGACUGAGAUAGGGCAUUGCAUUGAGGAGGUGUUGAGAGCAGACCUGGAGACUCUCAGUACUCCCUACAAUCAGAACAAAGGCCUUCACACCUGGCAGUGGAUGGGUGGCUGUGAGCUCCAGAGAGAUGGGACCAAAGUAGGGUUUUUGCGCUAUGGAUACGAUGGGAAGGACCUCAUCAGUUUCGACAAGGAGACCCUCACCUGGGUGGCUCCCGACCCACAGGCCCAGAUCACCCAGAGGAAAUGGGAUGCUGUUCCAGGAUUCAAUCAGAGAAGGAAGGCCUAUCUGGAUGAAAUCUGCAUUGAGUGGCUGGAGAAGUACCUGUCCUAUGGGAACAAGACGCUGCUGAGGACAGAGGCCCCAGUGGUGACGGUGAGCAGCAGGACAAAGGCCGACGAUGGGAUGGAAACUCACAUCUGCCGCGUGGAUGGCUUCUACCCCAAGGAGAUCGACGCCUCCUGGAGGAGGGACGGGGAGGUCUGGCUGCAGGACACCUUCCGUGGGUCUGUGGUCCCCAAUGCAGAUGGGACCUACCACUACUGGCUCAGCAUCCGAAUCGAUCCCCAAGAGAGGGACCGCUAUCGGUGCCACGUGGAGCACGACGGCCUGUGGAAGCCUGUGGACAAAGCCUUGAAGGUUCCAGAAUCCAACCUGGGGCUCAUCAUCGGCUGCGUUGUGGCUGCUGUUGUCCUGAUUAUUGUUGUGAUUGCUGGGAUCUUGGUGUAUCGGAAGAAACAUCAAGAAGGCUACAAGGCAGCAUUAACAAGUGACAAAGGAUCUGACAGUUCAAGCGCAGGGAGCAAUGAGGCCAUUUAGCAGCCCCCUGGCAGCGCAACUUUGGGGCUGCAGACUCCCCAUGUAGGGAGACAGGAAAGAAGAGCGAUCAACCUUCUGAGUUACGCUGUUCUCUUAGGAGGACCUCUUCAGGCCCUUCCAGUUGGCUAAAAUACUAAGAUGUAUUUUGGGUCUUUCAUGAGUGCCCUUGUGCAGGUUUUUGUCUGGGAAAAUCGGGGUUUUUUCAUCUGAAGCAUUCUAGGACCUCCCCUGAAAAGGACAUGUAGUUGAUUCAUCUGGAGAAUAAAGGAAGACUUUGUUUUUAUAUGUAGAGUAAAUAAAUGUCUUGCAAGAAAAACCAUCUUAGAAGGGACAUUCUGUCCAUUGACGGGAAGGGAAAAUAGCUCUUUCAGCUGCUAUUUCUGAAGUGUGCUUUGAGAUUUCUUGUAUAAAAAAUAGUUAAUUUUAAAAAAAAUCUGUUGCUGAAUUAAUUGGAUUAUAUAUUUGAGUAUCCAAAAAUUUAACAAAUAACAAGGGUGGUGGCUAAGUCAUUUGGAGUUUUGCUUUAUGUGAUAUUUCUUUACACACAUAUUGUAAGAUUGCCAAAAUUGUUUGCUGAAAAUAAAUGAUUUUGUUUUCCUCUCA